GUGCUUGCGGAAGCACAGAGUGGAAUGUUGAUACAUUGUUGUUGUUUUGUAGUUAAUUUAGUUCAGAGAAACAUUUCGCUUCGGUUGCAGGACGCGAGACAAGGCUCGACCUGUUGAUUCCAGGACACUUCUCAGAGAUUUUGCGCAUCCCCGACAGAGAUUCCGCGUUCACAAGAUUUUUGAGGAGUUCUGAUUAGCUGCUUGUAUGCAGGGCAUGACGACUCAUUUUAAAGCGGGCAAAGCUUUAAAGGUAAAGAAGGAGGCGGGUGAGAAUGCCCCGGCACUCAGUGAUGAUGAGCUGGUGGCCAUGUCGGUGCGGGAGCUCAACCAGCACCUGCGCGGGUUGACCAAGGAAGACGUGGUCCGGCUGAAGCAGCGGCGACGCACGCUAAAGAACCGCGGUUAUGCUGCCAGCUGCCGCAUCAAGCGCGUCACACAGAAGGAGGAGCUCGAACGGCAAAAAAUAGAGCUGCAACAAGAAGUGGACAAGCUGGCUCGUGAAAACGCCAGUAUGCGACUGGAGCUGGAUGCGCUUCGUGCUAAGUACGAGGCCCUGCAGUGCUUCGCCCGGACUGUCACCCGCGGGCCUACCGGUAAGGUGGCCACCACCAGUGUCAUCACAAUUGUCAAGUCUGCCAAUCACAGCCCCAGCUCCGCCCCCUUUUCAGCACCCUCGUAGUGCUGAUUGACAGUGCCUGCCCAGCUUCUUCUGGUCCAAUCCGGCUCUGAACCUAAACUGGCCCGCGGGCCACCGCUCGACCCACACUGAGAG